AUCACACACAUAGACAUUGCAGGGUUUAUUAGGGCCAAAGUUCGGGAAAGCGCGCUUAAUCGAGCGCUUAUGCGCGCCUACGCGCAAGGCGCUGGCCUACCGCCUCGCAUAGGCCAUGUGCGCUCGUAAAGGCGCGACGCGCGCCUAGGCGGAGCGCUUUUCUCGCUGAGGCGAGCUUAAGCGCGCGGAACAGCGCGGAACGGGCGCUUAAUGGCGCAGAACGACGAGAGGGGAUCCAUCGGGGAAUCGGGAUAAAGAGGCAGGGAGCCACGGGAUGAAAGGCAGAGGGUCAAAAUCGAGCCCGUGUUAGGGUUAGGGUCUCCUCUCCUCCAUUCCUCGCGCCGCCGGACUCUCCUUGGGGCCGCGAGACUCUCCUCGUGCCGCCGGCAGCAGCACGCCCUCCGCCCUGGAUCUGAAGCUUCUCCUCGCGCCUCUCCUGCUCGGGCCCUCCCCCACACCUCCGGUUGCUGGCCUUCGACCUCAUCCCGCCGUGGAUCUCGCGGCCUGGUCUUCUUCUCUUCAGGCAGGAUGUCAACAUCAGAGAACACCACCGCCCAAACAGAGUCCGAAAGGCCGAUAGCUCUGAAGAGGAAAUCCAAUGAUGUUGGAUGGAACUAUGGGAAACUAUGUGAUGUCACAAACAAGGAGAGAGUGAAGUGUGACUUUUGUGGCCAUAUUAGCACCGGAGGAAUUAACCGUUUCAAGCUACACAUCACAGGCACCACCUCAAGCGUUCUUUCAUGUUUAAGAUCAACUCCGGAGGCUAAAGCAAUAUGCCAGAGAGCUCUUGAUGCAUAUGAGGCAAAGAAGGUGGCGAAGAAAAAACAUACGGCAGAAGUGAGGGCUGAUGUGCAUGUUACAGCCCUAAAUGAAGCAAGGGAUGGUAGGGAAUCUGUUUGUGUUGGAAGCACAUCAUCGGAGCCCAACAAAUUAGGACCAAUGGACAAGUUCGUGCGUCCUAUUGAUGGUAAAUCAAGCAAAGAGGAAGCCUUGAAGCAGCUAAGUAUGAAUGAAGCACUAUUCAAGGAGAGAAGAGGUCAAUGUUCACCAUAUGUUGCUAGAUGGGUGUAUUCACAUGGCAUACCAUUUAAUGCUCUUGACAAUGAUGAGUUUUGUCAAAUGUGUGAGGCCAUAGGCAAAUUUGGUCCUGGAUAUGAGCCUCCUACUCAAUAUGAGCUUAGGGAGAAGUUGUUGAGUGAUGAAUAUGCAAGGACCAAGAGUUUGUUAGAUGAACGUGAGAAGGAGAAGAUAAAGCUUGGGUGCACCAUCAUGACAGAUGCAUGGACGGACAUGAAGAGGAGGAGCAUAAUGAAUUUGUGCAUGCAUUGCAGUGGGGGGACAAGUUUUCUCAAAUCAAAGGAAACAUCUGAUGUGUCACAUACAAGUGAAGUCAUAUUUCAGCUAGUGGACAGCGCAAUUGAGGAGGUAGGGGCGGAGCAUGUGAUGCAAGUGGUGACGGACAAUGCUUCCAAUAACAUGGGAGCCAAGAAAAUGUUGCUUGAGAAGAGGCCGAAGAUCUUUUGGAGCUCUUGUGCAACUCACACUAUCAACUUAAUGCUCCAAGGAAUUGGCAGCCUCAAGAGAUUCAAAACAAUAAUUGAUCAAGCAAAGAACCUCACCAUCUUCAUCUAUGCGCAUCACAAGACUUUGGCAUUGAUGAGGGUUGCUACAAAAAGGAGAGAUAUCAUAAGGCCGGGGGUGACUAGAUUUGCUUCCGCUUUUCUCACAUUGCAAAGUUUGUUGGAGAAGAAAGAUGCUUUAAGGUAUAUGGUGGUUGAAAGAGCUUGGGAAGAUAUGAAAAAUGUGAAAACAAAGAAAGGCAAGGAUGCAACGGCAACGGUGAUGGAUGCAAACUUUUGGAAAGGUGUGCUCCUAUGCAUAAAGGUGUUUGAGCCAUUGGUGAGAGUACUUCGUUUGGUUGAUGGGGAUAUUAAGCCAUCGAUGGCUUGGUUGUAUGGAGAGUUGGUGAAUGCAAAGAGGGAGAUGAAGGAGGCAUUUAACAACUUGGAGAGGAACUACAAAGAUACUAUGGGCAUUGUUGAAAAGAAGAUGAAUGGAAGGCUAGAUUCUCCACUGCACAUGGCCGCAUAUGUGUUGAACCCACACUAUAGUUAUGCAGAUAGCUCCGUCUUUACCACUGCAAAUGAAGGAUUUCAGGAGUGUGCUGAACAAUACUAUGCAAAUGAUCAUGAUACUUGCAUGCUGGUUGUCAAUGACAAGUUUCUGAAAUAUGAAAACAAAGAAGGAACUUUUGGAAAGAAGCUUGCAAAAGCAUGUGAAAAUAAAAGCUACAGCCCCGCUGUUGCACAAUGCAUUGGAGGGAGACGAUCAGAGGACAACAUACAAAGAGGCAGGGGCAACAUAUUGGAGAGAGAACAAGGGAAAGGCGUGCAAGAAGCUGAGCAGUGACCGGAGAUGACGCCAUGGUGAUUAACAAGUGGAAGGAGUUUGCAUGUGAGCUGAACUGGAGUAUAUGACCUGAAAAUAAUGCAUGUGCAUUGAUGGAGGGUGUCUCAGGACUAUCCUUCGUUUGUCUGUUUCUAGACCUUUUUUAUUAAUAUGUAUCCAUCUCGUCUAUAUUGCCUCAACACCGACUCUUGUCGCUUUAUUUAUCAACAAGAUAAUAUGAACUAUAUUAUAUCA